AGGCUUUUGACCGUCACGGUGGCUUAUGCCUCUAUAAAAGGGACAACGAAAGCAGUGGGAAGGAGGACUCGUCCUGCUCUGCAAAUUCAAGGGGGAAAAAAACUGAAAAAUCAGAAACAAACAAACAAGUUUUACGAAACCCAUUUGAGAGCUUCAACACACAGGGUCAAAAUCAAAUCAAUAAUCAUGCCCUCUUGCACGAGCUGCUUUUGUUUCAAAAAAAAUGCCAAAACUGCUAAACUAGUUUUGUUUCUUGCUUCAGAAACAGCUUUUACUGUAAAUGAAGUGGAGGCCCUGUAUGAGCUGUUCAAGAAACUAAGCAGUUCUAUAAUCAACGAUGGUUUUAUUCACAAGGAAGAGUUCCAGCUUGCACUCUUUCAGAACAGCAGUAUGCAAAAUCUUUUUGCAGACAGGGUGUUCGAUUUGUUUGAUGUUAAGCGCAAUGGGGUUAUUGAAUUUGUAGAGUUUGUUAGAUCAUUAAGCAUCUUCCAUCCAGAAGCUCCAAUAGAAGAUAAGAUUUCGUUUGUAUUUAGAUUGUAUGAUCUGCAGCAGACUGGAUAUAUUGAGUGUGAAGAGGUGAAAAAGAUGGUAUUGGCUCUCUUAAAUGAAUCAGAUUUGUCUCUUUCCGAUGAAGCCGUUGAAUCAAUUGUGAAUAAGACAAUGAUGGAUGCAGAUGCAAAAGGAGAUGGAAAAAUCGAUGAAGCAGAGUGGAAGGAAUUUGUAGCAAAGCAUCCAUCUCUCAUAAAGAACAUGACUCUUCCAUAUCUCAAGGAUAUAACCAUGGCAUUUCCGAGCUUCGUAUUGAAUUCAGAAGUUCAAGAUUAGAAGAAAAACACACUGCAAAAACCAGCCAUACAUUCUGAGUCUCUACAGCAUAGAAAACUAUGACUGUCAUGAAUUUCUUGCCUUCUUUAUCUUGGUUUGCAGAAGGAUGGGGCGAGCCAGAGACCCUGUGAAGGAACUUCCAAAGCAAUAAGCCAAUGAGUUUUGUAAUAUAUAGACAUAAAGAAGAAUCCCUUUUUUUUUUUGUUCUGUGGGUUUUUAUUAAAAUUGUUGUCAAUUGUAAAAUGGUUUUGUUUUGGUUUAUAUUUUUUAUUGUUUUUUCUUCUGGGUAGAUGUAACAGUACAGAAUUUGGAAUAUGCUUAUUUUAUGGUAUAUUUUAAUAGGUGAUCAAAUUUCUGGAAGACCCAUCA